CACCUGCCUUGUCGUCAAACAAGGUGAUAUGUCUGCCGAACUUCUGUAUCUGCAUGCCGUCCAAACCGUAGGAUUACUGUGAUGUUACGUGAACCCGACGCCGAAGAGGACGAAGACGACGACGACGAAGAAGACGAAGAAGACGAAGAAGACGAAGAAGACGAAGAAGACGAAGAAGAAGAAGAAGAAGAAGAAGAAUGGCGAAGAAGAAUGGCGAAGAAGAAGAAGAAGAAGAAGAAGAAGAAGAAGAAGAAGAAGAAAAAGAAGAAGAAGAAGAAGGAGAAGAAGAUGGCGACGAAGAAGAAGAAUGGCGAAGAAGAAGAGCCCAGCAUUGAACGGAGUGAUUUCGCAUUUCUGGAAGUGUCAGUAUGCCAGUCCUUAUCAUUGUAAAAUUCGAGCACCUGGUUUUGCUCAUUUACAAGGGCUUGAUUUUAUUUAUGUCGGAACGUCAUAUGCUCGCUCGCAGAUGACAUGAAGUGUUACUAUCAUAGAUAGGUACUCAGGAUAUUGUGUUCGGAGACGUAGAUACUAAAUGGGUACUCAGGAUUUUAUGUCGGAACAUCAUAUGCUCGCUCGCAGCUGACAUGAUAGGUAACACAGUACUAACACUUCGUGUCAUAUAAUAAGGUCUCGAUAAAAAACACACUUGAACAAAUGACUGCAAAAAUA